CAGCAUCCCGCGUGCAUGAAUGCCGAAACCAUGGCAAGUCCCGCGAAGGAUAAGGAUAACUAUCGAAUGAAGAGUUACAAAAACAAAGCCCUAAACCCUGAGGAAAUGCGUCGGCGAAGGGAAGAGGAGGGGAUCCAACUACGCAAACAGAAACGAGAGCAACAGCUAUUUAAAAGGAGAAAUGUGGAACUUAUUAAUGAAGAUGCUGCCAUGUUUGAUAGCCUCCUCAUGGAUUCCUAUGUCAGCACUGCCACAGCUGGGGAGGGAGUGAUCACAAGAGAGAUGGUGGAGAUGCUUUUCUCAGAGGACCCUGAUCUGCAGCUAGCAACUACACAGAAAUUCAGGAAACUGCUCUCCAAAGAGCCAAAUCCUCCAAUAGACGAAGUGAUAAAUACUCAGGGAGUGGUGGACAGGUUUGUUGAAUUCCUGAAGAGAAGUGAAAAUUGCACACUACAGUUUGAAGCGGCAUGGGCUUUGACGAAUAUUGCAUCAGGAACCUCCCAACAAACAAAAAUAGUCAUUGAGGCUGGGGCAGUUCCUAUCUUCAUAGAGCUGUUAAACUCUGACUUUGAGGAUGUCCAAGAACAGGCUGUCUGGGCGUUGGGGAACAUCGCUGGAGACAGCUCUGUGUGUAGAGAUUAUGUCCUUAACUGCUCUAUUCUUCCUCCCUUAUUACUGCUCCUCACCAAGUCCACCAGGUUGACAAUGACUCGAAAUGCUGUCUGGGCCUUAUCAAACUUGUGCAGAGGGAAGAACCCACCACCUGAAUUUGACAAGGUGUCUCCUUGCUUGCCGGUAUUGUCCCGAUUAUUAUUCAGCAGUGACUCCGACUUGCUGGCAGAUGCCUGCUGGGCACUCUCCUACCUAUCAGAUGGCCCCAAUGAGAAAAUCCAAGCAGUAAUAGACUCUGGGGUGUGUCGGCGACUGGUAGAGCUGUUAAUGCACAAUGAUUAUAAAGUAGCUUCUCCAGCUUUGCGAGCUGUAGGCAAUAUUGUGACGGGUGAUGACAUCCAGACCCAGGUGAUCCUGAACUGCUCAGCUCUGCCUUGCCUGCUUCAUUUAUUAAGCAGCCCCAAAGAGUCUAUCCGGAAGGAAGCUUGCUGGACCAUUUCUAACAUCACAGCUGGAAACAGGGCUCAGAUACAGGCAGUCAUAGAUGCAAACAUUUUCCCAGUGCUGAUAGAAAUCUUACAGAAAGCAGAAUUCCGCACAAGGAAAGAGGCAGCCUGGGCCAUCACGAAUGCGACAUGAGGAACCCCAGAGCAGAUCAGGUACUUGGUAAACCUAGGCUGUAUCAAACCUCUGUGUGACCUGCUGACUGUCAUGGACUCCAAGAUUGUUCAAGUGGCCCUGAAUGGCCUGGAUAUCCUGCGGCUCGGUGAGCAGGAGGCCAAGCAAAGUGGCACAGGCAUCAACCCCUACUGCAGCCUCAUUGAGGAAGCCUAUGGCUUGGAUAAGAUAGAGUUCCUGCAGAGUCAUGAGAACCAAGAAAUCUACCAGAAGGCCUUUGAUUUGAUUGAGCACUACUUUGGAGUAGAGGAUGACGACUCCAACCUGGCUCCCCAGGUAGACGAGAACCAGCAGCAAUUCAUCUUCCAGCAGCCUGAGGCCCCUAUGGAAGGCUUCCAGCUAUAAUGUGUUCAGAUGAGGAAGAACACCACAAACUUGCCAGAAAUCAACUGGGAGCAGCCAGAGUUAUAGUCCCAUUUCCCCCUCCUAACAAACGGAAGGCGCAAACACCCCCGCCACCCAUUAGGAAACAGUUCCUCCUUCAAGAACAGCUAGAAGCAAUGCUUUGCUCUCAUGGAAAGAAGGGGAUUUUAUUUUUUACACUUUCUUUGCUGCUGCAUACAUGUCUUUAAAGCAGGCACCAAGGUGGAGGAAGGACACGGAGGUAACAAAUUGCACCUCUUGUUUUAAUUUGUGGUGAUCUUUCACAAAUAUUGUGUCACUUGUUACCUCGGGUACUUAAAUGAAAUUUCAUUGGGGGUGGGUGGGGGAAAAACACAAAUCAAAAGUUAAGCAUUCUUUUCUCUGACAACAUUAAUCCUGGAAGCUAGGGUUGAUCUAUUUAAUUUUUUUGCACAUCUUACUCUUUGUUAAGGACUCUAAUCUGCCAAGAGCAAAGUUUAGCCCCUCACCUUUUCGCAGCUCUCCUUCAGUGGACUGCACCAUUGGACAUGGGCCAAGUUCUCCUUGAAACAUACUGUAAAUGGACAAAGGAGAAGUGGGGAGACUUUUCCUGGGGAAGGAUUUUUUCCCUUUGUUUAAAAUUUUUUUUUAAAGAACUGUUAUUGGUAUUUAAAAAAAAAAGCAACAAAACCCCAAAGAUGGUAAUUGUGAAGAGGUGGGGGAGAUGUUUUGGUGGUCUUUGAAAAGAGGAAGCACAGCUGCCAUUGCACGGGCUUCACUUGCAUUGCUUGAUUGAAGUCACAGAACUGUUGAAAUGGUGAAACCCAUCUUCAUCUUUACUUGAAAAUUGUUUCAUGAAAACAUGUAUUAAGAUUUGGAUUUUUUUCUGAAUGGAUGGGGUGGGGGUGGAUUGUUUGUUAUGGGGUGGGGAGGAAGGAGGGCAUAGCUACACUUGACAGGAGCAUUGUGUGCGGUGUUAACUCCAGUAGCAAAGGGCCUGAGUUUUCAGGAUUACUUUCUGCUCACAGUUGGAUCAUGUACAUUUUACUUCAAAAGGAAGAAUCAAAGCUCUGUAUUUUUUAUAUAUAUAUAUAGGUAGAUAUUUGUCUAAUUGGGCUUCAGAGAAAAAUAUAUAUGAAAUUUCUGUAAUUUAUGUAAAUAGAAUACUGUGAGGCAGGUACACCUGGAAAUGAUGGUCUAUGAACUCACUCACUCACUGGUUGUCCUGCUUCUUUUCCUGUUUACUCAUGUACUGUACAAGCAAACAUAGAUUUGUCUUAAACUCCUUUUCCAGAUUGAGUUUACUUAGCCAAGAGUGAUAAAACACAAUAGGCUAUGGAGAACCCAAACAAUUUUGGGAUUUGAGGGAAGGGGAUGGGGAAACAUGGUUCACCGAGGUGUCUAAUAGACUUGCUGUGUGCAUCCCCUCCCUGUUCUUGCUGUCCUAAGCAAGUGCAAGUUUUGAAGCCUUUGGGACUGGGAAUUUCAAGAGAGUAAGAAACAAAGCAUGGUGCCAGUUGUAUGAAAUCAAGAAAUCCAAUUUCACAAGUUCUUCACAUUUAAAAAAAAAAAGUAAACACCGGUGCAUUUGACUGGUGGCUGGCUGUGGCUAGUGAUCUCUAAAUGCAUUAAGUUCCUUUAUCACUUGCUGCAGCACAAGUUUGGGGUGGAUUAUUUAAUAUUAGAUAUAGCCUUGUGGAGCACGUGUGAAAGCUUAACCAUGGUGUACUGGAGUGUUGUGCCAUUGCAGGAUCUUUAGAAGCCUACCAGGGAGCUUGGACUCCUAGCGAGCACGUUAAAAUUGGAACCUUCAUUUAUCUGUGAAGAAUGAAACUGAAUAUUGCAUUUUAAAAAAUGUUAAGGUUUGUGAGGUUACUUGACAAGCCACUUGCAUUAGCCCAGUGGCUCAAUUACAUGCCUCUGGCUAGUGUGCAUCCCCUCCCUCUUCUCUUUAAACAGAGUGGGGAGAAAUCCUUUUGUCCAUCUUCUAAAGCUUGGGUUAGCUGCUAAGUCUUUUGUAUUAAGGCUUUUAUGAAAGAAAGAUUCAUUGUGUAGUUCAAUGUAAUAUGUAUUGGGGUAGCUUGUUAAAGGAGAGCAUGCAAAUUAAAAUCUCUUCUAAUGAAUCCUUAUGCAGUUGAUGGAAGAUGAAGAAAUAAGCGAUCUGGACGUAUAUUCAAAUUCAAGCCUAGCCUUCUGCUUAAGGUCUCGAAUACCAUCAGUAUGAUCGCAGAGUAUAUUCCUGGAUGCUGGGAUGAUGCAGGGGUCAGCCUACCUACAAUCUAAUUGGUCCAAUCUCAUUCAAGAGUCUUGCUUGCCUCAAGAGAUUUUUUUUUUUUUCCCCCUCCAUUACAAAUAUCAGUGAGCAACUGAGGGUUAAGUGAAAUUUACACAGAUGGGUGUUUUCUCCUAUCUCUUUUGUGAGGCAGGCGGGGGGGGGGGUUGCUGCUAUUUUUCCUUCCACUUGUAGGCCUUUCAGCACUAGCAUCAAUGAUGUGUUUCCCAUGGCCAUGCAUAUGGUACUUUGGGUUCUAGGAUGUACCCUAAAGCUCGGUUGUUGCACUGACACCUGUCUCUCACCUCUUCUCUUUCUGUAUCUGCAAAUAAUCCAGCAGUGGAUUUGGAAGAGAAAUGGAUGCUGUAGCAAACUGCUUUGCAGGGAUCAUUGAAACUAAAAAUUGCCCUGAAUUGAUGUAUAAGCAGACACCCACUUUGUGGAGAGUAAGAAGAGAAUGUGGAUGAAUAAAAAGGAUUGUUCUCCUGCAUGGCUGUUUGGGAGACCUUCAGGGGCUGGAUUUGACCACAGGAUGUGGUAGCCAGGCUGCUUGAAAGCCUGCAGGUGGGGUAGGCUAAAUCUGCAGAAUCAAGCUGUUUGUCAAUAGGAAGUAACCAGUUGUUGAAUAGGAACUGUUAUCAAGUGAAGGGCUUCAGAGGAACAAAAUUCAUAUGAUCAGUUUCAUGGAGACAGUAAAAUUCACUAUAGGAUUGAACAGUUCUCCAAUCAAUAAACCUUAUUUUAAGCUUAGGGUAAACCUAUUCAGUGUCUAAUUUUUUUUACCAACUAGACUCUGGAUAUUCAUAUUGUAUUUGAAAUUGGAUCUACAGCCAAGGGAAGUUAACAACUUUGAAACCCAGAACUGGAGAAGACUUGUGUGGGACUCUCCUGUUUCCUUCCUUCCUCAGCUCUGUCUCCCAUGAGGCGUAGUCCUUCUGUGAUAUCUGGUCAAUACUGAGCCCCAUCUUGUUUUACUCUUCCAAAAAGGCUCCCUCUUUGGCAAAUGAAAAGCCGUAAUGUAUCCCUUCCAUAGACAGGUUCUAUGUGGAAGGCCUUGAGAAAUGCUCCAAAGCCACCUGUGACCUUAACUGAUGAGGGACACAUUCUUGGAGCUGCUGUUCCACCAGUCGGCUAUCUGAGGUGUUACAUGAACCAGAGUACUAUAUUAGGUCUGUGGUGAAGAGAACGUAUCCUUCCAGGAUAGAGCCUGAUACCUCCAUGGCUUUAGGAUGGCAUCUCAAUAGCAAAAGGUAACCAAAAGAUCUUGAUUCAUCCACAAUCUUAGUCUUCUGAUGUAAAUCACUUAAAACCCAAGGUUUUAUUUGUUCUAUGCAUUACCUCGGGACCAUGCAAAAGAAAUGGAGCUCUUCACUCCAUUGAAGCUUCUUCCAUUCAUUGCAGCAUGAAGAGGCAUUGGGAUCUGCUUUGCAAGAUUGCUUUUUUAAAUGAGACUUUUGGUCCCUGAAAUAAGACUGGACUGAAAUGAUGUGGAACUACCUAACAAACUUGUAGCAAAAGCUGCAGAGGUAGUAAGGAUGGCUUUUUGCUUAGAGUGGCCCUAAUAUCUUCCUGCUGUGAGGAAGCUUGCUUCUGUCCUUGAUAGCAAGAGCCAUUCCUACACAAAGCAGUAUAUUGUCUAAAUUACAACUCAAACCUUCCCUUAGCAACCAGAGAAACUAAUACUUAAGCCCAAGCCACCUAUUGAGGUAUUGUUCCUUCUUGUAAUUAGCUUGACAUCUUUUUAUAGAAAAUGGGGGAAUAACUGGUUUAGCAAAAAAAAUCUUGCACCCUGCCCUCCCCCCCAUAAACAAAAAAAACAAAUCUUGUGAAAAGGGCAUCACUUCCUGCUGUCUUCUGAAUUGGAACUUUACAACUGAUAUUAGGAAACAAGUUUGGCUUUUGGCAAGCUGCUCUUACAGAGUGCAGGAGAAUCCAUGCUGAUGUCAACCUUGUUGAAUUUAUGCUAAGUGUCUGUAGAUAAGCUCUCUCCAGAACCUCCACAAAUGCUGUGGGGUGUGCCACUGCCACUUGGUUUUUAACAAACAUUCAUUUCUUUCCCCCCCCCCCUUGCAUGUAAGCUGCUUCUAUUUUUCUCAGCUCAAGUGCCGUGUAGAUCUACAAGAGAUAUUGAAAUUCAGGCAUUCAUCUUAUGGGUCUACUUUUAUUUUGAAUAUUACUGUUUUUUGUUAAACAAUCUAUUGCCUUUUUUCCUAGCAAUAUUGCACUGCAGUGGUUGCACUACAAACUAUGCCAACCCAUUCAGUUAACCUUAGUGCUACGUUUGUGCUGUCAGCAACUUGGGUAUCAAAUCCCCUAGGUCUGGUGUCUACUUCGUACACUUAUCUUCUGGGACCACCAUCUCUUCGGUGCUUCCAAAACACUUUGGAGGCUAGUUUACUUCCUGCACACUAUAUUGCUCAGUAAUUGUGUGCAUCUAGCAUACCUCCAAGUAUGGCAUACCCAGUGAAUGCUAGCUAAAAACUAGCUCUACAUUCUUGUCAUGUAGGGACUUCUGACUGUUGGCAGUACCUCCUCUAUAUUGGUUACCUAGAGCAAUAGCACUACAACCUAGAGUGAAAGCAAUAUCAACACAGAAUAUGUCAGGGAUAAUUUUGAGGAAGGAUCCUCAGGCAAGCAUGCAAUUACAGUUAAACUGCUAGUGUUUGGUUUCUCUGGUCUCUAGUACAUGACCAGGGCAGAUAACUGGUACAAUGAAAUCUCUAAGUAUUUAGAAGAAGUUUAACCUGUGCCACUAUACUGGAUCCCUUCCCUCAUAAUUCUCAGAUCUCUGCAAGUAUCAUAACUUGAAGCAUUCUUGGUUGUGGUUUUUGUGGGGUUUUUUUUAUUCCUAGACCAGCCUCUUCAACACUACUGCAUUAAACCGCACAGCCUCUUCUCUCAUAAGCUGUCUUGGCAUGUUUCUCACAAUCCAGCUAGAACUCAUGAAUGUUCUGACCUUUUAAAGCGUGCAGUAAAGCUUCAAUUAGGACAGUGUUGAACCAAGGUGUCCCAAAGGGGAUUAUAACACUGCAGUAGCAAAAAAUGGAAGAUCCAUUGAUGCAGAGGCCUUGUAUAGUACUAAAAACUGAUCCAAAUUCUAGUGUUAAACUGGUCUAAAUCCAGAUGGACUUCAUCUUGGUUCUGUAUUUAGCCAUGUUAGAUACUUGCUAAUAUGUUGCAAAUUACCAGUGAUGUCUAAGCAAAGUACUACUUUCUCUUGACUAUCAGAAAAGUCUUAAGGCUGCCCACAGUAGGUACCAUUCUGUCCUGUCAUAUAAAAAAUGUGAGGACCUUAUCUCAGUGGAGUUUUGGAUCUUCUUCAGCCAAAUGUACAGACUAAAAUCUCUUGCCACAUUUCCUAAUCCGUAAGCAUUGGGCCUGUAAGAUGUGCUGUAAAACACUAGUACUGAGCUUCCAUUCCUGACAGUCUCAUUCUGAAAACUGAAUUGCAUCAGACUGGUGUGGCAGACAUCUCCAGAUUAAGGUGGCGAGGGGGUUAGAGGCUGCUGAUUCAUAUCAGAGUAAUUCCAAAGGGAUCACUCUAUUUUUAGUGCAAAGCAUUCCAGGCUUCUAGUAUCUCCAUCAGUUAGAACAUUAGAAUUAGCUAGUCAGUCUAAACUUCUAGUUUUCUCCUUUUGGCCCUGCGUUAAUGUAAUCUUUAAUACCUUAUCGCUUCAGUUUGGGGCUAAGAUUUCAUCCUUUUACUAUGUGGAGCUUGGGCUACUUCAGUUGACCUAAAGCAAGUAAGUUCUCUGUAUUGUCUGAAUUUGAUCAAGGGAUGUAUAUCCUCCUUUCAUUUAAGACUUGACCUGUGCUUGGUGUCUUAUAUAGACAGGCAGCUGUAGUCAGAACAUGCAGCAGCUGUCUGCAUAACAGAACUGUUGCAGUGACUUCAAAAGAGCCCUAAAGGGUGGAGCUCUUCAUCUGAAUCUUAUUUUCCUUCACUGGAGGUGCAGAUCUAGUUUCUCUAGUAAACCUGAACUCCUGCUUGCCACUUACCCUUCAUUUAUUACAGAUAUGGUAAACUCCUGAGUGAAUAAGCCUUUUAUCAGCACAGGUCUAUGCAAAAAAUCUAACUGAAUAUUUUUGUUUUAAGAAAUUACCUACAACCAGUGUCACAACUGAUCUGGAUUUUAAAAUUAAUUCUGGGGAGCACAAGAGGGGAAGAGAUGGGUACAACUGUCAGACCUAGCUACAAUACUGGGCUGGAGAAAGACUAUUGAGGAAAGUUUCCAAAAUACUAUUCACUCCAUCUGUUCUGGAUCCCUCUUUAGAACAAUCCAGGGACCCAGAAACUGAAGAUGUCUACUGUUUUUUAGAAGCAAACUGUUACAGGCUCUAGGAAUGGCAUUUAAAAGGCUUAUUCUGCUGCAGUAACAGUGCUCAAAGCAUUAAUCCAUAUGAAGCCAAGCCCUUGGGGUGGAGCUUGGUGCUGUGUUCUGAUAUUUUUUUUUUUUUAAAUCUGCUCAUGUGUGGGUUGUGUUAUGAAACCACUAGUGAGCAUGGCACAAGGGGAGGAAUAGUAUGUGGUUGUUUACCCAAAUCAAAAGUCUGGGAAUGGGACUUCAGGAUGUAGCCACAUCAACAGCCAACAGUGAUUCAACUUUUUUUUUUUAACUUUCUUUUAUAAAAGUCAAACAAACAACUCUGGCUAUUUUUCCAAUGUGUGGCCCUUUAGAGGUACAUUAUAGCCGUACCAUGGUUGGUUGAUAGGCCUUGUGAGGAUACACACCUGACUCUAGUAUGGACUAGUAUGAUGUGUACAGAUUAAAGAUAUUUAUACACAUUCAGAGUUAAAUGUAUCUAAGUUUCCAACACUGUAAUAGAUACAAUGCAAAAUAAAGAGUCUGUUCCAAAGCUG